AAGACGAAAAAAAAUCUCGGGCCACAAAAUUCUUUUGGGACUUUAGGAGGAUAGCUUCGCUUGGAAUUUUUUGGGAAAUGUUUAAUUAAAUUUAAAAGAACCAAUUUAAAAUUAAUUUGAAAUAGAAAUAAAUUAAUUAAAAUGGUGUCCCAAAAGGCAACAUACCUCGAUGACUUGGUCCAAACCGUAUCCUUACACGUAAUAAAUCCAGUUUACUUAAGCGGUGUUGUCUUUCCAUUCCUUGCAAUUUACAUUACUUUCUUUUACCUCUGGAUUUACGUGUACGGAGUCGAUGAAUACUAUGAGGCCGGUCUUAUUACCUUUGCUGUCCUGGUAUUCUCACAUAUUCUGGCGUUCCUUUGCUGUUUUUGGAGCGUUCAUGUGUUGACAUUUUUGAAUUUCCGAAAAGUUAAAUGUCCACGUUCGGGAGUUGUGGCCAAAGUGGUCCCCACUCCAAACAAUGGCUCAUCCGAAAUGGUACGCAUCCAAGAGACAAUCAUGAACGAGACCACCAAAGAGUCUGUCUAUUGGUUUUCAUUCCAAAAAACCAAAUACGUAUGGGACGAUGAGAAGGCAAUCUUCAAAUCUGUUCAAUAUCCAGUGAAUAAGCUUUUGAAAGAGUAUGCAGGUUCUCGAGGAUUUGAAAAUGACGCUGCUAUUCGAUUGGCUGAAAAGACAUAUGGAGCCAAUCAAAUGGAAAUGGUCAUUCCAGAGUUUCAUCAGUUGUUCAUUGAACGUGCAACUGCUCCGUUUUUUGUCUUUCAAGUUGUUUCGGUUGGAUUAUGGUGCCUGGAUGAGUACUGGUACUUUUCGGUGUUUACCCUGUUUAUGUUGAUUGUCUUCGAGUGGACUUUGGUACAACAGCAGUUGAGGAGUAUGUCGGAAAUUCGUAAAAUGGGAAACAAACCGUAUUUGAUUUAUGUGUUGAGAAAUAACAAAUGGCGUCAGGUUGUUUCGGAUCAACUGGUGCCUGGUGAUGUGGUGUCGUUGACUCGAUCUCAAAAUGAUAACAUUGUGCCGUGCGACUUGGUUAUGUUGCGUGGGGCAUGUAUUGUGGACGAAAGUAUGCUUACAGGUGAAUCGGUUCCUCAGAUGAAAGAAUCUUUAGAAGCUGUUCAAGAUCUAAACCGAGAACUUGAUCCCGAAGGUGAAGGAAAAUUAUUCACCCUAUUCGGGGGAACCAAAAUAGUCCAGCAUACACCUCCUACAAAAGAUGGUACUCGUGCUCCAGAUAAUGGCUGCAUUGGAUGCGUCAUCCGUAACGGCUUCAACACUUCUCAGGGAAAACUUUUGCGGACCAUUUUGUUUGGCGUUAAACGCGUCACCGAAAACAGCUGGGAAACCUUUGCAUUUAUAGUAUUCUUAAUGAUUUUCGCCAUAGCUGCUGCCUGCUAUGUCUGGAUGAAGGGAACCGAAGAUCCCGAACGCAAUCGUUACAAAUUAUUCCUCGAGUGCACUUUAAUUUUAACUUCUAUCAUACCUCCUGAUCUGCCUAUAGAACUUACUCUUGCUGUUAAUAACUCACUUAUGCAACUUUCUAAGUUGUAUAUAUUCUGUACAGAACCAUUUAGGAUUCCAUUUGCUGGAAAAGUACAAAUUUGCUGUUUUGAUAAGACUGGCACUCUAACGAGUGAUAAUUUAAUGGUCGAGGGUGUAGCUGGACUUGAUAAUAAUUCGGGAAUUGUGCCAAUCUUUAGUGCAGGCGAUGCUACCGUCAACGUUAUAGCUGCUUGCCAUUCGCUUAGUCAAAUGGAUGAUGGUUUAGUUGGUGAUCCGUUGGAGAAAGCAAUGCUCACAGCUAUUGAUUGGGUCUUGACGAAGAAUGAAGUUGUUGUCCCCAAGAGGGGUAAAUUGAAGCCACUCAAAAUCUACCAAAGAUUCCAUUUCUCAUCUGCUCUUAAGAGAAUGUCAGUUCUUGCUGGUCAUCUUAUGCCCUCUUCAAGUGAUGUUUCAUACAUUGGAACUGUAAAGGGAGCUCCUGAAGUCAUAAUGACCAUGUUGAAAAAUGUUCCAGAAAAUUAUAAAAAGACUUACAUUGAAUAUUCUCGCAGUGGAGCACGUGUUCUUGCUUUGGGCAUCAAAGAGUUGGGAUGUUUGGACGGUGCUGCUGUGCGUGAAAUCAAACGAGAGGAUGUUGAAUGCGACCUUACAUUUGCCGGCUUCGUCAUAGUUUCCUGCCCAAUGAAACCUGAUUCUAAGAUUGUCAUCAAAGAACUUAUACAAUCAUCUCAUAAAGUUGUUAUGAUAACUGGUGAUAAUCCCCUUACAGCUUGUCAUGUGGCCAAGGAAUUGCGAUUCACCAGAAAGCAACUUCUAGUACUGACACCAUCCGAUGAUAACAAAUGGCAAUGGCUAUCAAUUGACGAACAAAUCAAACGCUCCAUCGAAGACAAUUACAAACAGGUUUUGAAAGAAUUUGAUUUGUGUAUAACUGGCGAAGGUCUUGCAUACCUGAACGAGAACGAACACAAUUAUAUGCUUAACAUCCUGCCAUACAUAACUGUGUGCGCGCGCUUCGCCCCUAAACAAAAGGAAUUCAUUGUGACAACUUUAAAGCAGCAGGGAUACUAUACACUUAUGUGCGGAGACGGAACCAACGAUGUAGGUGCACUGAAACAUGCCCAUGUUGGUGUUUCAUUGCUCAGUAAUAUGCCAGUGGUUAAGUCAAAGAAAACCAGAGUAGAAACAGUAGAAAAUGUAGGUACUGCUGUACCCACACACCAAAAUUCUAGAGGUCCAAGGCAACACAAUGCUGCCAUCCAAGAAAGACAAAAUCUUACCCCUCGAGAGCGGGCACUUUUGCGUCAUAGAGAAAAUCUCAGCGCAACUCAGGAGAAUCUUCAACGUGUUCUGAGGGAAGUCGAAGAAGAGACGGUGCAAGUCGUCAAACUGGGAGAUGCCAGUAUUGCAGCACCUUUCACAAGUAAAUCAUGUUCGAUUUCAUGUGUAAAUAACAUCAUAAAGCAGGGACGUUGCACAUUAGUCACAACUUUACAAAUGUUCAAGAUUCUCGCUUUGAAUGCCCUAAUCUCGGCGUAUUGUCAAUCUGUGCUGUAUAUUGAUGGGGUGAAGUUCAGUGAUACCCAGGCGACAUUGCAGGGUUUCUUCAUAGCUGCCUGCUUUUUAUUCAUAACGCGGUCCAAACCUUUGAAGACUCUUUCAAAAACAGCACCUUUACCUAAUAUUUUUAACUUUUAUACGGUUUCGACAAUUCUAUUGCAAUUUGCUGUUCAUUUUACUGCCUUAUACUAUUUAACAAUGGAAGCUACAGCUAGAGCUCCACCAAGAGAAGGAAAACUUAAAUUGGAUAUUGAUUUGGAUCCAGAAGAAAAAAAAGAAUUUGUACCAAAUAUUAUCAACAGUACGGUGUAUAUAAUUUGUUUAGCUCUUCAAGUUUCAACUUUCGCAGUUAACUACAAGGGUCACCCCUUUAUGGAAAGUCUACGAGAGAACCGUCUACUGAUGACUUCAAUCCUAAUGUCAGCUGCCCUGGUGGUGCUGUUGGCUUUAGGUCUUUCUGCUGAUCUUACUUAUACAUUCGAAAUAAUCGAUUUCCCCGACGAUUUCCGAAGGAUAUUAAUUUUCGUGCUAAUUGCUGAUACAGUAUCAGCGUAUGCUGUUGACAGAAUAUGUUCAUUCCUAUUCGGAGAAACUCGACGAAAAUCUAAACUACUAAGUUUUUAAGUUUUGUGUUUGUUUGUUUUUUUUUCUCUCAAUUUUUCUAGCCUGCUUUUUUCACUUAAGAUAAUUAAUUAAUAUAAAUCAAUUUAAAAACAAAUAUUUUUUUUACAAAUCUUUUAUAGAUGAGAGAUUAACUUUAAAUCAAUUGAAGUAAUUAAAUUUCUUUUGUGUUUUGUCUUAAAAAAUAAAUUUAACGGUAAUUUAUGUGGCGGUUAAAUAGAUAUAAAAAAAACACUUAAAAUACAUCAGUGUAAAAUAUUUAUUAAAAAAAUAUUUAUGGAUUAAGAUUUAUUUUAAGGUUUUUGAUGAAAAUGGAUAAUGAAUCAGAAUACGCAUUGAAUUAAACACUUAAAAUAAGUGA